CAGGUCGGGAGGGAGUCUCUCAGCCAAUAGAAAGUAGCUUUUGUUGUCACGUGACUUGUGGAAGGAUACUUGGAAACUUCCGCUUUGAAAUGUCGCUGCCAGGCUGAAUCCGUCAAAGCACCGACCUCAACAUCCAGCUUUUCUGAGGGGAAAACGUUUGGUGACGCACAAACGAGAGGAUUUAAGGGGUUAUCUGAACGCUUCCCGCCGGUUCAAGGGUGCAGAGCCCCCACAACCAUCAGCAACAUGGGAGAGCUCUUCAGAAGUGAAGAGAUGACGCUGGCCCAGCUCUUCCUCCAGUCAGAGGCUGCCUACUGUUGUGUCAGUGAGCUGGGAGAGAUCGGGAUGGUGCAGUUCCGUGAUUUAAAUCCUGACGUGAACGUGUUCCAACGCAAGUUUGUGAACGAAGUGCGGCGAUGUGAGGAGAUGGACCGUAAACUGAGAUUUGUCGAAAAAGAAAUUAAGAAGGCGAACAUCGCCUUUCUCGACACAGGAGAGAACCCUGAAGUCCCUUUUCCCAGAGACAUGAUCGACCUCGAGGCGACUUUUGAGAAGCUGGAAAACGAGCUGAAAGAAAUCAACACAAACCAAGAGGCGCUAAAGAAGAACUUCCUGGAACUGACCGAGCUGAAGCACAUUUUGCGCCGCACUCAGCAGUUUUUUGAAGAGAUGGAGGACCCCAGUUUGCUUGAAGAGUCCUCAACUCUUCUGGAUCCCAAUGAGCCUGCCAGAGCGGCUCCACAAAGAUUAGGGUUCGUAGCUGGAGUGAUCGGGAGGGAACGCAUCCCCACAUUCGAGAGGAUGCUGUGGAGAGUUUGCAGAGGGAAUGUGUUCCUGCGGCAGGCGGACAUCGAAGACCCUCUGGAGGACCCGACCUCUGGGGAUCAGGUCCACAAGUCGGUCUUCAUCAUAUUUUUCCAGGGAGACCAGCUGAAGAACCGAGUCAAGAAAAUCUGCGAGGGGUUUAGAGCAACACUCUACCCGUGUCCUGAAACCCCCCAGGAGAGGAAGGAGAUGCUCGCCGGGGUGAACGCUCGCAUUGAUGACCUGCAGAUGGUGUUGAACCAGACUGAGGAUCACCGGCAGAGAGUCCUGCAGGCUGCAGCUAAAACCGUGAGAGUUUGGUUCAUCAAAGUGAGGAAGAUGAAGGCCAUCUACCACACCCUCAACCUCUGCAACAUAGACGUCACUCAGAAAUGUCUGAUCGCCGAGGUCUGGUGUCCCGUGUCGGACAUGGACUCCAUCCAGUUCGCUCUGCGCAGGGGGACCGAGAAAAGUGGCUCCACGGUGCCUUCCAUCCUCAACAGAAUGCAGACUAAACAGACGCCGCCCACGUACAACAAGACCAACAAAUUCACGUCAGGCUUCCAAAACAUCGUCGAUGCCUAUGGAAUCGGCAGCUAUCGUGAGAUCAACCCAGCGCCAUACACCAUCAUCACCUUCCCCUUCCUAUUCGCCGUCAUGUUCGGGGACCUGGGCCAUGGGACGCUCAUGACCUGCGCCGCUCUGUACCUCGUGUUGAGAGAGAGCAGGCUCAUGGCGCAGAAGAAUGAUAAUGAGAUUUUCAACAUGGUGUUCGCCGGGCGCUACAUCAUCCUCCUCAUGGGAAUCUUCUCCAUGUACACUGGCAUCAUUUACAACGACUGCUUCUCGAAGGCCCUAAACAUCUUCGGCUCCGGGUGGAGCGUCAGACCCAUGUUUACUGAUAAAGGCACCAACUGGUCGUUUAUUACUCUGUCUGAAAACAGCGCGUUGCAGUUGGACCCGGCAGUAGAGGGAGUCUUUAAGGGACCGUACCCCAUCGGCAUCGAUCCAAUUUGGAGUAUUUCCAUCAACAAGUUGACAUUCUUGAACUCCUUCAAGAUGAAGAUGUCGGUGAUCUUGGGUGUUAUCCACAUGCUGUUUGGAGUCUCUCUCAGCCUCUUCAACCACCUGUAUUUCAAAAAGCCGCUGAACAUCUAUUUGGGGUUCAUCCCAGAGAUAGUCUUCAUGUCCUGUCUGUUCGGUUACUUAGUCAUUCUCAUCUUCUUCAAGUGGGUUUCCUAUGACGCCCGCACCUCCAGGGAAGCUCCAAGCCUCCUGAUCGCCUUCAUAAACAUGUUCCUCUUCCAGUACAGUGACCCCGGUAACAAACCUCUGUACAGAGGACAGAUGGGUCUGCAGAUAUUUCUGGUGAUCAUUGCCUUGGCCUGUGUUCCCGUUAUGUUGAUAGUAAAAACUCUGGUUCUGAGGAGACAGUAUUUGUGGCAGAAACAUUUGGGUACGCAGAACUUUGGGGGAAUCAGGGUGGGCAACGGCCCCACUGAGGACGAGGCGGGAAUCAUUCAGCACGACCAGCUGGCCCAGCAGACGGAGGACGAACCUGAGACUUGCCUUUUGUCACCUGCUUUCAAGGCGCCUGAGGAGGAAGAGUUCAACUUCACGGACGUGGCGGUGCAUCAGGCCAUCCACACCAUCGAGUACUGCCUGGGCUGCAUCUCCAACACGGCCUCCUAUCUGAGGCUCUGGGCGCUCAGUUUGGCUCACGCACAGCUGUCAGAGGUGCUGUGGUCCAUGGUGAUGCGCCUCGGCCUUUCCUCCAGAAGCUUCGGAGGCUUCAUCUUUCUGAUCGUCAUCUUCUAUUUCUUCGCCGUUCUCACUGUGGCCAUCCUCCUCAUCAUGGAGGGUCUGUCGGCCUUCCUGCACGCACUCCGACUGCACUGGGUGGAAUUUCAAAACAAGUUUUAUUCGGGUCAAGGCUUCAAGUUCCUGCCGUUCACGUUCGAAAGCAUCCUGGACGGAAGAUUUGAGGAAUGAAAUCUCUGUUCUUCUGUGAAAGUCUUUAUUCUUCAAAUUCUGUUUUGUAGUUGGAAUUGUUUGUGUUGGUUUUUGUGUGUGUGUGCAUCAAUGUUUCCACCUGUCCCACUGUUGCCAUAGCAACUCUCUAAAUGACUUCAGCGAGAGCCGGUUUGACUCCCAUAAUUCAGUCUGUUUGUUGUAUGUCCUGAAAAAAAUGAAGGGGUUUUCUUUAUUUAUGUAAUAUAUAUUUUGUCAAAACAGAAUCUCAGUUUACGUCGGGUAAAAAUGAUUUUGCUUACAUUCUAAUAAAAAUAAGGGCAGAUUCAUUUAGUGAUCUUCAUCCUUCGUGUCCUUUAAAUGUCGUUCAUAUUUGUGUAUUUGUGUGUUUAGUCUAAAUCACCCCACGCACAUUCAGGCCGCACUAUGACCUUAAACGCAGCACUAUUAAGCUUAAAGGUAUUAAAGCUCCGUUAUGUUUGUUGUCAUAGAAACCUCUUAGAUCGUGUUUUCUGUUGUUUGUAAUAAGGGGAAUCUGUGUUUGUGGAUGAAAAUGUGGAUCUUCUAGAACAAACCAGCACUCGCUCAUCUCUGUUUCCAUUCAUCUUCCUUUCAAGCGCUGCGGUUGUAACAUGUCAAAUGUGACUUUUUCAUUUAAAAGGGAGACAAAUUGUCAGAGCAAGUUCAUCCUUCACAUUAAUCAUGUUCAUGAAUUAAAUGGGAUAAGCUGGUA